GCGGUGACGCCAUCGGCGCGCGCCGGCGGCGGCGGAGGCCCCGCGCACGUGUCUCCAGGGCGACGGCGGCGCCAUGAGGCGGCCGAACGUGCUGAUCACCGGCACUCCAGGCGUUGGGAAAACCACGCUGGGAAAGGAACUGGCAUCCAGAGCAGGGCUGAGCUACAUCAACGUGGGGGACCUGGCCAAGGAAGGGGAGCUGUACGAGGGCUUUGACGAGGAGUACGACUGCCCCAUUCUGGACGAGGACAGGGUGAUCGACGAGCUGGAGGACAGGAUGAGGGAGGGCGGGGUGGUGGUGGAUUACCACGGCUGCGACUUCUUCCCCGAGCGCUGGUUCCACAUCGUGUUCGUGCUCCGCACAGACAACUCCUUCCUCUACGACAGGCUGGAGAGCAGGGGCUACACAGGGAAAAAGCUGCAAGACAACAUUCAGUGUGAGAUUUUUCAGACUCUUUAUGAAGAAGCUAUGGAGUCAUACAAAAAGGAAAUUGUGCAUCAGUUACCCAGCAACACUCCAGAGGACCUGGAGAGAAAUUUGGAUCAGAUUAUGCAAUGGAUUGAGCAAUGGAUGAAGGACAACAACUGACUCUGGGUGGAACAGUGACUGCUGAAUCUCUUCCUGGGAGGGUUCAAUAAAUGACAUUCAUUUUGUAUCAGUUAAUGUGAAUUUUACUGUAACUGGAUGUGGUUGGGGAGUAGAAGGUUUAGAACAGCCAAGUUUGUGAAUGUUUGGAACAGCCUCUGAAGCACCCUGGGAGAGACACACAGGAGAACCCACACAAGUGAAUGGAAGGAUGGAAACAGCACCAAAUUUCUCAGUAGAGGAGCUGUGUUCAAUAAUUGAGAACUCUUUGGGCCUCACAAUUAAAACCAAACCAUGAACUCACCCCAGAAAAACUGUAAAAUACUGAUAACUGGUGCAACAGUGUCCUGAAAAGGGGUUAAUCUAAAGCUGAGUUGUGAGACUCGAAACUGCUGUGCCCCACUGUGUCCUUGGGUGUGAGGCUAAUGCAGACCGAGGGGUUGGUUCAGGUUAAGGAAGGAAGUGACAUGGUAACAGUUAUUUUAAAAUUCACAGAACUUUGGGAAUUCCUUCAUGGAUAAGGACACAUGGACUGUAUCUGCACUGGUGUGGAAUGCUGAACAAUAAAGAGCAAUAAGCUUUCUUUUC